AUGACUGAACUACAGAUAACAUCCACGCUUGCACUAAAAUCCGGGCACCAGAUCCCGAUCCUGGGCUUCGGCACAUGCGCGAGCGCGACAUGUACUCAAUCAGCGGUUGCAGCGAUCAGGAACUCAUACAUCCACCUUGACACGGCACAGAUAUACCAAAACGAGGCUGAGACGGGCGCCGCCAUCGCCGAGAGCCAGAUGGAGCAUUCGAAGCUCUUCGUGUGCUCCAAGCUAUGGGAAGACAUGUACACGCGCGAGGGGGCGCUGGCGGGCGUCGAGGGCAGUCUGAAGAAACUCGGCCUGCAGAGCAUCGACCUGUAUCUCCUGCACACGCCGCGGCCGGGGCGCCGGGCGCGCACGCAGGCGUGGCUCGGCCUGCAGGAUGCGGUGGAGAAGGGGCUCGUCAGGAGUAUCGGCGUGUCCAACUGGGCGCCCAAGCAUAUCGAGCAGUUGAUCGCCGAGGACGGCGUAUAUAUCCAUCCCGCGGUCGAUCAGGUGGAGCUGCAUCCUUGGAACCAGCAGAGGGAGAUCGUCGAGUACUGCCGUUCCAAGAAUGUCGUCGUCGUGGCAUAUUCACCGCUUACGCAGGGUCAACGGUUGAAUGACGAGACGAUUGUGAAAUUGGCUCGGAAGUAUGGUAAGACGCCGGCGCAGAUUGUCUUGCGCUGGGGCAUACAGAAAGGCUUUGUGGUGAUACCGAAGAGUGAUAAGGAGGCAAGAAUCAUCGAGAACAAGCAGAUUUUUGGUUGGGAAAUCUCGAAUGAAGACAUUGCCACGAUUAAUUCGUUGGACGAAGGACAGAAAGCAAAUCUGGGAGAGUGGGACCCUCAUGCUUGGGAUUGA